AUGGACGACUCUAUAUAUAUCCGACACUUCAAUUACCUUCUAUUCGUCUUGUCUUGUCUUUCAAAAGAUAAAGUGGGAGCUAGAGAGGCAAGGAAAAACACAUACACACUUCAAAUCACCAUCGAAUUCACUGAAAUGUCGAAGCAAAAGAUCGUUGUGAAGGUAUCCAUUUGCUGUGAAAAGCAAAUUCGUAAGGCUCUGAAGAUCGCCGUUGGUGUCUCCGGGGUUGAUUCAGCGUCGUUCAUCGGCUCAGAUAAAGACCAAAUAGCGGUGAUUGGAGAAGGUAUUGACUCGGUCAAACUGACGAUUUUGCUAAGGAAAGGAGUUGGACAUACAGAACUAGUGAGUGUUGGUCCUGUGGAGGAGAAGAAAGAAGACAAAGAAUCCAAGCCCAACGAGGUCACAUUUCAGUUUCAUCCUUACCAGUAUUGCUGUAAUAGCUAUUACAUGCCAUACUAUGUAUGAGAGAAGUGAGAUUUUAUCAGUUGAAACGAAUCGUUGCUCUCAAAGUCUUCUGAAUUAGCUUCAUUUCAUCUCGUUUCUCUUUCUUUUAUUGAGGAAUUCUGCUUGCGAAUAUGGGAUUUUUAAUACUUCGUAUGUGACAGAUUUGGUCAUUUGGUGAGGA